UCGACCGGAAUCCCCUUGGAGGACAUGUAGGCACGGACGCGCACGGGACUCCUCGCUCGCCCGUUUCCGCCGUUAAGGAUUUAUCCGUUCCCAUUCUUCAGGCAAUAAUAACACCUCCGGGACCGCCAUCACCAUGAAAGUCUCCAGCAUCGACUGCCGGCGCAUGAGGAAACUCAUCAGGAAGGAUUGUGCAGGGAGCUGCCUUAUUGUGGAUUGUCGACCUUACUUGUCAUUCACAAACUCCAACAUCACAGGCUCUGUCAAUGUCAAUCUAAACUCCGUGGUGGUCCGGAGAUCCCGAGGAGGGCCGGUGCCUCUGCAGUUCGUCAUCCCGGAUGAGAGAGCCCUGAUUCGGCUUCGGGAAGGGAACAUAUCGGCCAUCGUAGUUCUGGAUGACCGGACGUCCCACUGGCAGAAGCUGAAAAAGGACAGUGUAGCACAAAUAGUAAUAAACACCCUCUCACAUCUAGCCAGCGGGGCGAGCAUCUGUUUCCUGAAAGGAGGAUACGAGAACUUCCACUCUCAGUACCCUGAACUUUGCACUGAGGUGAAAACCAUCGACCAGGGCGGAACUGAAACUGAGAAAAGAGUCAGCAGUCACAGCGAGAAGCUUUGUCACCACAAACCAGAUUAUGAUCAGGGUAAACCCGUGGAGAUCCUGCCUUUCCUCUACCUCGGUAGUGCCUACCACGCCUCCAGACAGGACUAUCUCAGCGACCUUCACAUCACGGCCUUGCUCAACGUGUCCCGCAGAGACAUGCAGCCGGCCAAGGGCCACUUCGACUACAAGUGGAUCCCAGUGGAGGACAACAACAUGGCUGACAUCAGCUCCCACUUCCAGGAGGCGAUAGAGUUUAUCGAUCACGUGAAGCAAUCAGGGGGUAAGGUCCUGGUCCACUGCGAGGCGGGGAUCUCACGCUCUCCCACCAUCUGCAUGGCUUACAUCAUGAGGACGCAGCAGCUACGGCUGGAUGCGGCCUUCGACAUCAUCAAGCAGCGUCGAGCAGUCGUCUCUCCUAACUUCAGCUUCAUGGGUCAGCUGCUGCAGUUUGAGUCAGAGGUCCUCUCCACGGCCCCAGCUCACGCUGCAACACCUGAACCGGCCACACCCUGCGCACCUGAGUCCGCCUCCUUCUUUGCCAACGACUUCGCCACCACCUUCAACACCAAAAACUUUGAGCCGUCUGUGUUCACCCUCCCUACCUCUUGCCUGCAGUCCCCGGUCCACCACCAGUUCAAACUGAGCCCAAUAACUGCACUGCCUUAAAGGAACUGUGACUGCUUGUAGUCUUACUUGAAAUAUUAAAAAUAAAAGCUCUGUUUGCCUGUUGUUGAAACCAGCACAGUAGAAAGACCUGCGAUCAGACGUGCUGUUUCCCCGUCUUCUAAACUGCUGCUGAGGAACAACACAGCACAGUGAUUAACUGCAAUAUACAUGCCUUAGGUUGAUAUUGUGAUUUUUUGCCUAUUCACAAAUACAGUCAGGCAUUGAAAACCUAAUUUAUUUAAAAUGACAGUCUGUCUGAUUUUUUCAAUAAUGUGGAUGUUAACGUGUUUAAUAAAUGUUUUCGUCACAAAAAUUAAA